GAUGGCAUUUGUUGCUUUAACUUCUCUCAUGGAAACAAUUCGGCUAGAGCUCUUACAAUCCGCCCCAAGGGUGUCUCUUGAUGCUGAAAAUCUUUCUUAUUUGCAGGCCUUUCAGAGUCAGUUAUCUCACUUCCAAGCCUUUCUGCAGAAGCCUAGUGGUGGCGGCUCAGCACCAACAAUCAAACAUCUGAAGACCAAAAUCAGAGACUUUGCACUCAAAGCGGAAGACCAAAUCGAAACACAACUACACUCUCUCCUUCUAGCCAAACACCAGGCAGAAAAAGCUUCUCGGGCACUCCAUCAGGCCGUGCAAGAAGCCACACAAAACGCAGUUGAAUUGUCCAACAUUAUCAACACCACUAUAAGCAGUGAAGCUGAUGUGGACGCCAUUAAGACCCUCUCUGGGCUUAAAACUCAACCGGCGGUGGCUUCCGGUUCUGAGAAUGUUCAAUCGUCGGAGGGAUCCUGGUGGCGCUCCCCGGAAAAGGUUUUUAUGAUCGGUCGUGACCGGGAUUGUGACGUGAUAAAGGACAAGCUCUUACGUGGCUCUUCGGAGCUAGGGCUUAUCCCAAUAGUUGGAAUGGUGGGCAUCGGAAAGACUACUUUGGUUAAAAGCAUAUAUACCGACCCAGCACUUCUGUCACAUUUCCAAGUACGAGGAGGCGUUACUAUGCGUCCCGAAUUGGACAAGACACAAAUGCUAAGCGACCUUCUUCGAUCCAUCAAUGUAUUAGAAUCAAAUGAUCAAACCAAAGAGGGAAUCAUCACUACCACUACUGCUGAUCUAGCAAAUCAGCUACGCAAGUGCUUGAACGGCAAGAGGUAUGUGAUUGUGUUGGAUAACUUAUUGAACCAUUUAGCUUGGGAUGAUAUCCACCGAUAUUUUCCUAAUGAUGGGAAUGGAAGUUGCAUAUUGCUAACCACUAGGCACUUUGAUGGUUCCUUUGCUAGAGGCAAUGCCGACUAUAUCCAUUACAUGACUUUGUUAGAUCCAAAAGAAAGUUGGGUACUCUUUUGUCAUACCCUUCCACACAAUAAAAAGAGUAUGAUGUCCACAUUUGAAAACAUUAGAGAGGCUUUUGUGGAAAAAUGUGAGGGGUUAGCACAAUCAAUUGUGACGGUAACCAAACGUCUAUCUGAAUGCGACAACAUAGAACAAGAAUGGAAGAAGAUUGAAAAGGAGUUAGAGUCGUUAGGGAUUUUAGAUCGCAAUGACCUCACUCUCAAUUACAAUCAAUUGCCGCAAUAUUUGACGGUGUGCUUUUUAUAUUUUGGAGUCUUCCCAAAGCGCAGUGAAAUCUUGGUUAAAACCCUUGUUAGGUUAUGGAUUGUGGAGGGUUUUGCGGUGUCAGAAAAUCAAGCUUACAGGUAUUUACAAGAGCUUAUUGAUAGAAGUCUUGUCUUAAUUCAUAGCCGAAGUUCUAAUGGCCAAAUUAAGACAUGUAGGAUGCAUGGUGCCUUGCAUACCUUCUGUGUAGGAGAAUCUCAAAAAGAGGGUAUUUUUUGUGCUGUAAAUACUCGACAGCAUUUAGGGUUGCCAUUAGAUGUGUUUGCAAACUCGAGUCGUUGGUUGAGUUUAUACACACACAGCUUUGACUAUUAUGUGUUAUUCCGUACAAACAAUCUUCGCUCCAUUUUCUUUCAUGAAAAUGCUGAAAUGUUUGUAGAUUCCAAACUGAUAAGAGUUUUGGCUUUUGUUCCUUCUCCGUCCUUUGUUCCAUCUUAUCCAUCCCUCACAAGAAAGAAUUUCGAAGAUUUAGUGUGUUUGCGAUACUUAUCUUUAACACAAUGGGUUGAAGAUCUGGAGCACAUAGUGUCAGCUAAUCCGAAUUUGCAAAUGCUUAUCAUGUCUAAGACAAGAACAAGCAAUAAUAAGCGUUUGUCGUCUGAGAUUUGGAAAUCACCACAACUAAGGCAUGUCGAGGUUAGCUAUUCCCUUUCAGUGGAUCCUCCUAGUGAGGUCAAACAUAGCUUGCACACACUCUAUUGGUUGAGUUUAGAACAUUGUACAAAGGAAGUCUUUUUAAGGAUUCCGAAUGUAAAAAAGUUGGGGAUUAUUUGUGGAUGUGAUGAAUCAAAUCCAAAUGGGGUAGUAUUGGACUCUUAUAACCUUGGUAAUCUUGAUUAUUUGGAUAAGCUUGAGAUGUUAAUGGUUGCAUUCCGGAAAGGCUCAGUGUCAGGCUUCCAAAAUUUGAAUUCUUUGUCACAUUGCCUUAACAUUAAGAAACUGAAAUUGAAGAGAACUUGUUUGGCGUGGAGAGAAUUAAACAUAAUUAGUAUGCUACCAAAUCUUGAAUCUCUCAAGCUGAAAGAAGCCUCCAAUGAUUCGGAUUGGGAACCCACCAAGGGAAAAUUUGAAAAACUAAAAUUCUUGUUCCUCGAAGCUAGAAACCUUGUUCGCUGGGAAAUCGACAGAGAUGAACAAUUUGUUUGUGUUGAACGCCUUGUUCUUAAAAGGUGUACCAGCUUGGAAGCGAUUCCAAUUGGUUUUGCAGAUAUCAUCACGCUGGAGUCAAUUGAGUUACGAAAUUGCUCCCCUUCUGCUAUGUCUUCUGCACAAGAAAUUAAUGUUAUGCGCAAGGAUGAUUAUGGAUACAAAACCGUUGACAUUCCCCUUGUGACCAAACACAUUAAACGCAGUGUUGAAGAUGAUAAUCAUGCUUCUCAUUAAAGAGAUAGG